AUGUCUCAAUCAAAUAAUCAUUUUUAUCAAAAAAAACAAAAGAGAAAUAGUGAAUUACUUUUUGAAAUAAUUUCUGGAUAUUCAAAAUAUGUAAAAACAACAAAAAAUUUUUCAGAAAUAUUUGCUAAUUUUGAAGAAAAUUCAAAAUCGAUAUCAAAGUUUGAAAUAAAUAAACAAAGGAUAAAAUUACAAAAGUUCGAAGAACUUGAACUAGUAAUAGUAAUUGAAUUGCCAGCAGUAACAGUGUCAAGAUUUGAAAUAAUUGAACCAGCAGCAAUACCAUUA